GGCGGCGCCGGAUCCAGCACAGCUGCACCGCCGGGCUGCGAGCGGCUGCGAUCGAGAGAGCCCAAGAGCAGGAGAGCUAGAGAGCGAGCGGCGGGCGCUUGCCCGGCGCCUCCCCUCCGCCCGGCCGCGCGCCCCGCUCGCCUCUCCACCCCUCCCGACUCGGCCCGGCCCCGGAGCGGCCACAGCCCCGAGCUCUGGGGCGGCGCGGGCAGCCUCGGGACUCUCCGGCGCGCCGCCGCGUCCCCAGACAAAGGCUUGGCCGGCGGCCCCGGCCCGCUGCGCCCUCGGCUCCCCGCCUCCCGGGCUCGCCGCUCUUCGCCCCCGCUCUCGGCUCGGCGCGCCCCGGCCGGCCGCAAAGUUUCCCGGGCGGCAGCGGCGGCGGCGCCUCGCGUUAGCGAUGGCCGCGGAGCUGAGCAUGGGGCCCGAGCUGCCCACCAGCCCGCUGGCCAUGGAGUACGUCAACGACUUCGACCUGCUCAAGUUCGACGUGAAGAAGGAGCCGCUGGGGCGCGCGGAGCGCCCGGGCCGGCCCUGCACGCGCCUGCAGCCAGCCGGCUCGGUGUCAUCCACACCGCUCAGCACGCCGUGCAGCUCGGUGCCCUCGUCGCCCAGCUUCAGCCCCACCGAGCAGAAGACUCACCUCGAGGACCUGUACUGGAUGGCGAGCAACUACCAGCAGAUGAACCCGGAGGCACUCAACCUGACACCCGAGGACGCGGUGGAGGCGCUCAUCGGCUCGCACCCAGUGCCCCAGCCGUUGCAGAGCUUCGACGGCUUCCGCGGCGCGCACCACCACCACCACCACCACCACCCACACCCGCACCACGCAUACCCGGGAGCCGGCGUGCCCCACGACGAGCUGGGCCCGCACGCGCACCCGCACCAUCACCACCAUCAUCAAGCGUCGCCGCCGCCGUCUAGCGCAGCCAGCCCAGCGCAGCAGCUGCCCACCAGCCACCCUGGGCCCGGGCCGCACGCGGCCGCCGCGGCGACGGCGGCUGGCGGUAGCGGCAGCGUGGAGGACCGCUUCUCCGACGACCAGCUCGUGUCCAUGUCGGUGCGCGAGCUGAACCGCCACCUGCGGGGCUUCACCAAGGACGAGGUGAUCCGCCUGAAGCAGAAGCGGCGGACCCUGAAGAACCGGGGCUACGCCCAGUCGUGCAGGUAUAAACGCGUCCAGCAGAAACAUCACCUGGAGAACGAGAAGACGCAGCUCAUUCAGCAGGUGGAGCAGCUUAAGCAGGAGGUGUCCCGGCUGGCCCGCGAAAGAGACGCCUACAAGGUCAAGUGCGAGAAACUCGCCAACUCCGGCUUCAGGGAGGCGGGCUCCACCAGCGACAGCCCCUCCUCUCCCGAGUUCUUUCUGUGAGUCGUGGCCGGUCCCGGCCCCCGCCCUUGCCCCGGCCCGGACUCCCCGCCCCGUGUCCCCAGACCCGGACUCCCCCGGAUCCUGUCCCUGCCACGGCCCCAGCCUUGACCUGUUUGACUUGAGGGAGAGGGAGGAAGGGCGCGCGGGACGCGGGCGACAGGAGGGCGCGCGGGCAGGCAGGGGACCUUGGCCAAGGCGAGAGCGGCGCGCGCGAGCGCCGCCUCUUAGACUCGAGCAGAGCCAGAGCCAGACGAGGGGGUGGGAAGUCCCGGAGCAACUUUUCUCCAGGCUGGAGGGCGGCAAGGCAUAGUCCCGAGGAGUUGCCAAGGCCGUCUGGAGACUCCUGGCUUUCUGAACUUUGCGCGUUAAGCCGGGGCCGCUGCCUCGCGGCCCGGAGCGCAGUCCAACCCAGGAAGAGAGCAGCGAGGAGAGGAGAGGAGAGGGACCCUGGCGUCCCGGCAGGCGCGAGGCAAGGCUGAGCGAAGGAAGGAAGGAAGGACAGAAGGACCUGUCCGUCCAAGGUCCGGAGAACACUGGCUCUCAGCCCAGAGACGCGGGCCUCAGUUAGGACGUUCUGCGCGCAAUUCUCAUCAAUUUUAUUGCCUGCUCGAUUAUAUAGAAAAAAUACGAAAAUCUGCAUUAAAAAUAUUAAUCCUGCAUGCUGGACAUGUAUGGUAAUAAUUUCUAUUUUGUACCAUUUUCUUGUUUAACUUUAGCAUGUUGUUGAUCAUGGAUCAUAACCCCCUUUGUUUCUUUGAGUGAGAAGGGAUGGCAGUGCAGAAACUCCAGCGGCUGCUUGCCGGGGUUCAGUCCCGGCUGUCGGCUUGUAAAUACCCGCCCCGCCAAACCGCUUAGAGAACGUGGCAGCAAGCUGAGUGUCUUCGUUUGGGUUUAUUAUUAUGGCAUUAUUUUUUUGUAAGUAAAUAAAAAAAAGUUCUGGGCAUUUUGCAUCAGAAAACAACUUUGUCUUGGGGCACCCUUGGAAGUUGCAUGUUUUCUCCCCUUUCCUGUCUCCAUUUGGUCCUCUUGUCCCUUCCGCUUCAGUUUUCAAUUUUGUUAGUGUUGAGAGAAAGAGGACUGGGGUCCCAGCUCCUGAGUACCAGGGCAGGGCAGCUGUCCAGUUCUGCACCCCACAGCAGCAGGACUGUCUUCGCUCCCACCUGGUCUUUUGGCUAAAUUGACACCCUUCACUAGAAAGGAAAGGAAAAUAGAUAUUAUUUGCUUUUUAAUGCCAUCGGAAUCACCCCAGGGUCCCUUCAAAAGCCUCCAGGCCCCUGCUAAUUGCUGUGGCUGCCGAGCUUUUAGGGCGAGUGGACUUGGCCAGCCCGGACACUGCCCAGGGGUGACCUAAACUUGUGUUGAACCAACUGCCACACUCAGAAAGUACCGGAAACCCAGACAUUGGCAAGUAAUUUUGCAACUUUCAAGCGCGUCCUUUAGACCAACACAUUAUGUGUGUUUUUUUUUCCCCUGCUUUUGAGACAGCAGGUGAAUUAUUGGUGGUGUCCUCCCCAACCCCCUUCAGUUGUAUAGUAGCUAUAGGGAAAAUCUGGGUGUUUUUCUUUAUUACUUUUUUUUCCUGCAGGUCAGUAAAAGGAUUUAAGUUGCACUGACAAAAAUACCAAAAUGAAAGCGUAUUUUUUAGUUCCUAUUUGAAAUUGCUGGCGCUGCUGGCCGGAUGCAUUUUUGAGUUUGUAUUAGUUGAUAAAUUAACAGUAAUAACAAGAUUGUAUGAACCGCAUGGUGCUUGCAGUUUUAAAUAUUGUGGAUAUUUGUCCUGCAUCAGAAACGAGCUUCGGUUUUUACGGAUUCAACUGUGUUGAAAUCAAAUUUGCUGCAACAGAAAUUUGUUUUUAUUUCAUGUAAAAUAAGGGAUCAAUUUCAAACCCUGCUUAUGAUAUGAAAAUAUUAAAACCUAGUCUAUUGUAGUUUUAUUCAGACUGGUUUCUGUUUUUUGGUUAUUAAAAUGGUUUCCUAUUUUGCUUAUUAAAACCAUGGAAAUGGUGUUUAUUUGGA